AUGGCUUCACCCUACUCCCUACAGCUACUGCGACAGCGUGUCUAUGAGCCGGUUCGAGCCCUCUUGUCUCUCCAGAGGAGCCAGAGCCGUGAAUGGUGUGGCCUGUGUGAGACAGAGCUCCUUGGCCGUGCCCGUGUGCAGGUGUAUAAGUGUACACACUGUGAGCGGUGUUACCACCAGGAUUGCAUCGAACAGCUCCGGAGCCAGGAGGCCAGCCGUGGAAUUCCCCUACCUUUCGGCUGCCCGGGCUGCGGCACCCCUUGCUUACCGAGUGAACAGCGAUUAAUUAGACACUUCCAAGCGGCGCAUCCUGACCGGGAACGACCUACUGUUGGCACCUCCCACCAUCACGACAGCAGCAGUUCCUAUCGUCAGCGAGAUGAUCCUCAGUCCGCGGCUAGGGACUCUCAUAGUCCCCGAAAUUCCGGGAGUACAUACCAGUCGGCCGAGGAUGAAAGUAUGAGGUGCUGCGUGCCAACCACACUUCUGGCUAGCCCCUAUACAGGCAGAUUAAAUAAUAGUAGAGAAAGUAGGGCUAGCUGGUAUAUUUUUAGCUUUAAUAGUCCGCUAGAAAUUAGUACUAUAAAAAAUAAAGUAGAGUAUUUACAUUCUAGGAAUACUUUAAAUAAGAUAUAUACUCUAAAGCUAGGUAUUCUAAGUUACUAG